UUAUGAGGCACCUGCUCUGCCACAGCUUGUGCUAAAUAUGUCAACAUAUCUGCCUUCUCUCAAUAUUAGCCUACAAUACCGUGUGUUAUUAAAAAUCCUCAAUAUCGAUUUUCGAUAGAAGCAAAACGUCUGAUUAGUUCUUUUCAGAUUAGUAAAUUUAGUACCGCUCGACGACCUUUUGUGUUUUCAAGUCCUCGGAGUGACCCCACCGCCCCACACUUCAUCAUCGUCUUUUGGUAACCACCACAGUCCGCCUCUUUAGCGCCUUGUCGCCGCCACUAGAGCAGCCAUGCCUCCCGGUGUUGAGACCGCGCCUCGGAGCACAUCCGCCGGCUGCUUCUGCGCCUGCUGCGGGGAGCAGAUGAGACCUUAUUUCACCGAGAACUCCGUGAUAUCUCAGGGGAACAUUUCUAAACUCAUCAGUGAAAGUUUCCUGACAGUUAAAGGAGCAGCUCUGUUCCUACCUCGAGGAAAUGGCUCCACCACAUCUUCCACCUCUCGCUUCUCACAGCUACGGAGCAAACACGCAGGAGACAUCCAGCAACAUCUACAAACCAUGUUUACUGUCCUCAGACCAGAGGACAACAUCAAACUGGCGGUUCGUUUGGAGAGUGUUCACUCUCAGGUCACCCGCUACAUGGUGGUUGUUUCAACCAACGGUCGUCAGGACACCGAGGAGAGCGUGGUGUUGGGAAUGGAUUUCAGUCCUGUAGAUAGCUCUUGUUCUGUUGGUAUGGUUUUGCCUUUAUGGAGCGACACGUUGAUCCACCUGGACGGAGAUGGGGGUUUCAGUGUGUCAACUGAUAGCAGGGUGCAUGUAUUCAAGCCUGUUUCUGUGCAGGCCAUGUGGUCGGCCCUGCAGUCACUCCAUAAAGCGUGCGAGGUGGCUCGUUGUCACAACUACUUCCCAGGCAGCUUGUUCCUCACCUGGGUGAGCUACUAUCAGAGCAGGGUCUGCUCCAACCAGGUACACAUCAAUGAGUGGAAUGCCAUGCAGGAUGUGCAGUCACACCGUGCCGAUUCACCAGUGCUCUUCUCUGACAUACCUACAGAAAGAGAGCUGACUGAGCGGCAGAUCAAAUCCAGUUUAAGGGAGAUCAUGAUGCAGAAAGACCUCGAGAAUGUGACCUGCAAAGAGAUCCGAACAGCACUGGAAAUGCACAUGACAUGCAACCUGCGUGAGUUUAAGGAGUUCAUCGACAACGAGAUGAUUGUCAUCCUGGGCCAGAUGGACAGUCCUACGGAGAUCUUUGAUCACGUCUUCUUGGGAUCUGAGUGGAAUGCAUCCAAUUUGGAAGAGUUGCAGAAGAGUGGGGUUCAAUACAUCCUGAAUGUAACUAGGGAGAUCGAUAACUUCUUCCCCGGUGUGUUUGAGUACCACAACAUCCGUGUUUAUGAUGAGGAGGCGACAGACCUGCUUGCUUAUUGGAAUGACACCUAUAAGUUUAUAUCCAGAGCCAAGAAAGCUGGAUCAAAGUGCCUGGUGCACUGUAAAAUGGGUAUAAGUCGCUCUGCUGCCACAGUGAUUGCUUACGCCAUGAAGGAGUACGGCUGGGACUUGAAAAAAGCAUUUGAUUAUGUGAAGGAGCGUCGAACUGUGACCAAACCUAACCCCUCCUUCAUGAGACAGCUGGAGGAGUAUCAGGGCAUACUGCUGGCCAGCAAGCAGAGGCACAACAAACUGUGGCGUUCUCACUCUGACAGUGAUCUAUCUGAGGCCCAUGAGCCGCUGUCCAAGUCUUACGCCCAACCGCACAGCCUGGGUCACUCUGACCCGCAUAACCAGGCCAGCAGCGCGCCUAGCCCUUCUGUGAAAGAACUGCUGGAGUCACUGGGAACUCCAAUCAACAAAAGCAAAGCAACACACUCCACCAGCCAGCCUGAUACGGGUAUCCAGUGCAACAAGCUCAGAUUCUCAGCCCCUGCAGGAGUGUUGGCAUCAAGCUUUGAGGCCCCUUCUCACUCUGCUGUAGUCCAGAUCAACAAGUUGGGAUCCCCCUGUCCCAAGUCGACAGCUGGAUCCGUGUCUCCCUUAUCUCCCCCCCUUUCUAAUGGCUCAUGUGACUCUGAGGAGCAGCCGUCAUCGCCUCCCCUUUCCCAGCCAAGGGCCGCCACUGUGGUGCCCGAGCUUCAGAAAACAGAUAUGGUGACUGUUGCACAAAGUGUUUUAGUGGGCCAGCCUCACCCGCCUCCAUCCUUCCACCACAUCCCCCUCUCCCCUGCUCCAUCCCCAACUCCAGCCUGCAUGGACGAGGUUGGCAAACCACAGGUGUUAUCCUGCUCUCUGCCUGUGAUAAAACCCAUGCUUGUAUCAGUGCCUGAGCCCAUGACAACACAAGCACCAAGCACACACCAAGCAGGACCCCAGUGUCUGUCUGCACCAGUGCCUGUCAAAAAAACAGUCUCUGACCAACAGAUGUGUAUAGUAACCCAUUCUUCCUCCACUAGUGAUUUGAUCAGCUACACCAGUGCCAUUCCACAGGACAGUGAGAUGUUGUUUGGACACAGUGCAGACCACAUCAACUUUUUCAGUGCCAGGGAAAAGUUUAAAGGAAUGAGUCAAGAUGGUAAAAGUCACUGUGCUGCUGUACAGCAGCCGCCCCAGCCGAAGAGUUGUGGAAAGGAACAGCAACCUCCACUUCAGGAGGUCCCAAUUAGUGGCGGGAAGGAGGAAGGAAAAUUGAAGGAAAUGAUGGUUCCUGUGCAGAUCACAGAGCACGUAUCUCAAGGCCUUCUUAGUCAACCAGCACCUCAGGGCCCCGAGGACCAGGAAGCUAGGAAGUUGAGGCAGGAAUCGGAGGUUGCAGAUGUUUUGAUAAACAAGGAAGCUGAGAAUGUUAAAGAGGAAGUGAGGAACAAAGAAGAAGAAGAAGAGGAGGAGGAGGAGGAGGAGGAGGCAGAUCCUGCUUGUCUCCACAGCGACUUGACAAGGGUGUCCGUGCGACGUGUCACCAAACAGCUGGAGCAGAUAAUGAAACAGGAGCAUGAGACUCCAUCACUCUCCUCAUCUCCACCAUCCCUCUCAAGCAGCGUAUCUUCUUCUCGGCGGAAUCCACCUAGUGUCGCCCCUGUUACAAUGUCUAGUACCCAGGAUACAGCCGUUGGCUCACAGGUGUCGGAGGAGCAAGAAGAUGUGAUGGAUGGACCAGUUAAGAGGGACAGUGGAGAUUUAAUUGAGUUGAGUGAUCUAGGAAAUACUCACAGAAGCACAAAAGGACAAAAACACCAGCCUGCUGAUACUAGAAAGCUCUCUACCUCUUCCCAUUUCCUCAGCUCUGCCCACUCUCCAUUUGCCUCAGUGAACUUCCUGUGUUUGGAGGGCGUGACAGAGCUCGAGUCAGGCACAGACUGGGAGUGCUCCACAGAUGGACCUCAAGGUGACAUUAUCAUGAGGGAGACGUGGGAGACAUUGUGCGAGCUCGGUGCCUUCCUGCAGCAGGUGAGCAUGGGCGGAUUCUGCUGUGUGGACCAGGUUUUUGGGCUCAGUGCUGGAACCACUCCAAAGCGAGGCAGCAGCAUCCAGAAAAGGGUCAGAGAAGUGGAAGCCAGGAUUCGCCAGGCUGGACUGACCCCUCCGUCUCUUAUGAAGCGCUCAGCCUCUUUGGCAAAACUGGGCUGCCUGGAGUUGCUCGCAAAUGACCUGAGUGAGUGGGAGCUCAGCCGCACCUCGGUAGCGCCGUCUACAGCAGAACCUUCAACCCACUCCGUUAGCGACGAGUCUAAGAAACAGCGGGUCCACAACUCCCCCCCCUUAGCCCAACAGCAACCAGAAGGCCUCGUUAUUGAUGCAGAGAGCCUUGAUAAGGAUCAUGAAACCUCUCCACCUGCACAACCUCCAGCAUCAUAUCCACAGGGACUACCUAACUCUGACCAAGACUCUCUGCAUUUACCUGGGCUGACACUAAUGACAGCAAGGCAGCAAUAUGGAAGGACUCAUCCCCUGAGGCGGCUUAAGAAAAGAACUGCUAGUAGUACCCUUUACCACACCAUGUAACCCUCACCAUGUGUGUUUGUGUGUGUGUGUGAGAGAGAGAGAGAGAGAGAGAGGGAGAGAACGAGAGAACGAGAGAACGAGCACAAAUCAAGUGCAUAUGUUUGAUUUAUUCAGCGAAAACAAACCAGUGCCUCUUGCCUUAAAGGAUGUGUUAAGUUGUUUCUUAUCUGUAUGCUUUUCCCAUGAAGAUCUGCGAUAUGAGGCUCAGUGAAUGAACAGUGAAAAGGCUAUGAUGGUUGUGUUCAUUGAAAUAGGGGAAAUUGGAAGAAAUGAUGGGUUAUCAACAUUUUCAGAAAGGAGCAAAAACAAUCAUUCCAAUGACCAUCGUGUUUCCGAUGCUAACAGCCUGAGCCUGCACAUAUUCAAUCAUGGCUGGUUUCACAGUUAUCAACUUGAUAUAAAUGUACUUGAUCUCUGUUGGUUGGCUGAAUAAUCCAACCUGAUCUUAGGUGGAAUGUAGCCUCUGUUAUCCACUUCUUGUCUUUUCUUGUCUCAUCAUCAAAAUGUGUUUGUUGUACUGGGUUGCAAACAAACAAAAAAAGAUGCGGUUUUUCUUCUGGUACAAUCUGAUGUGUAAAUGAACUGGCUCAAAACAAAACAAACCUUCACAAUCGGUUCAAAAUGUUCAUGUAAAGAUGAAGUUGGAAUGAUUUAUCAGAAAGACUUUGUCUUGAGACCUUUUUAUUGCUAGCAGCAGUGCAUCCAAACCGUAGCCUGUAUACACAAAGGGACAGCAUGCCUCAGCCUCCUUCCAUUGAACAGGAUGAAGCCAGAAUAUCAACAUGAAGGGCGCUGACAUACUGUGAAUUUGCAGCCACAGCCUGUGCAGUAGGGAUCAGCUGGAAGAGCCUCGGUAUUGACAUCACGCUGCUUCCACUAAAAAAAACGAAAAAUUGGCAAAUGAAAUGGCCAGAAAUCCCUCAGGCGGGUACAGUCCACAGUGGAACAGAUUUUUGUGCCGAUUUGAAGCAGACACUCAUUUAUGUAAAUUAAAUGACUCUUGUGUUGGUGUUCAUUACCUUUGCUCUAGCUGUUUCUGCUGUACUCUGUUAGUCCGGUGCCCACAGCGCUGCAGGACAGCAUUCAUCAACAGAGUUGUCAAUCAUGGCAGUUAAUGCUGUUUCUAGACUUGAACACAAAACAGCAUGAUAAUGAUAAAUAUCAUGACUAAACCAGAGUUAAGAAAAAUGUAUCUGACGGGCAUUUAGAGUUUAUAGUUUGACACAUUUCCUAUCUGUUUACUCCGUUAAUAGAGGCCGGUUUGUGACCUAUUCAGCAGGAGUUUUACAUCUUUUGACGGCCUUCACUCCCGGACAGCUGUUUCUCCGUCCAUCUUAAUAUGCAGUCUAUAAUCCAAGCACAAAAGAGAUAAGCUAAAACCACAGCCACAUCAGAUGAGUUGCUUUCUCAGAGAAAUGUGUAUCCAGAGAUGGCAACAGGAAUAUCAACUGAAAAUGUUUGCAUAGCUGUACAGAACUUUGUUGAAACAAGUGAGUGAGAAAAAGGCCUGCUGUUUGUUGUAAUGUUUUUUUUGACUACACAAUACCUCAGUAAGUCUCAACCAAACCUGACCUGCACAAAAGUCAAUCUCUGGAUUCCUGGAAAGUCAGUCAGAAACAAUUACAGUGUCACUGUCAACAAGUGAUGUUUCUCAUCAUCUCUCUUCUUCAUCCUCUCAGCUCGUAUGCCACUCAAACUGGACAUCUUCUGUAUGUAUUUCUGUGUGGGGUUAGGGUGUUCGGAGCUAAGGCAGAGUGUAUAUUUGUGAUUUUUCUGCUAUUUCUUUAGGAUGUAAUGGUCUGUAUCGUGAGUUUUGAAAAUGUAGGAGCUGAACAUGUUUUUAUAUCUUGUUUGUGUCUGUGUGUGAGUGAGUAGCACAACUUUACAAUGUGGGUGUACACUUUAGUUUUUGUUUUUAUCUCUCUUUUUUUGUACACAUUUUUAAGGAGUGUGCCUGUGGUUGGAAGUGGAGCUUCUCUGCAGUCUAUCAGAAAUGUCUGUUCAGGCAGGUCUGUCAUACAUGCACUUUACUCCCUUUUUCAUUUGGAUGUGGCUUUUUUUUCUAUGUAUGGUUGCUACUUUGGGGGAGCAUGAGUAGAUUGUAGCAACUGUUGGGUAUGUGUGUAUGUUGUCAAAGCCUCAUUUCUAUUUCGUUUGAUUUUAAAACUUCAGUGUACAUAGUCUUUUUUUUAUCUAUCAUGUGCUUCAACUGUGACCAUUAAACAGUGGCAAUUAUUGAGA